AUGGCAGACACAUCAAACUCACAGCAAAUAGUUUCACUAGAAUAUCCCGUUCAAGUUCAUCCUGGUUUUCCAAUAUUACCACGAAUUUUACCAACAAAUCAUUCAGUAGAACAAGAAAAUUCAUCAUCAUCAUCAGCUACUAAUAAUGUUGAUGUUGAAUGUGAGAAACUACCUAUAGAUGUAAAAGAUUUUUGGAUUAAACUUCGUGAACAUCUUAACAACGAAAGAUUAGAAUCAUAUGAUAAACAUGGAAAUCAGAGAACAUCAAAUAAAGUUGUACGAAUUUUUGUUUCAUCAACAUUUACAGAUUUUUUUAAUGAACGUGAAGUUCUUAUUAAAAAAGUAUUUCCUGCAUUACGUGAUGAGAUGGGACCAGCCGGUAUUCAAAUAAUUGACUGUGAUCUUCGAUGGGGUGUUCCGAAAGAUUCAACAACUGAACAAACAAUAUUAGCAUGUCUUGAAGAACUCGAUCGAUGUUUAGAAGAUAAUGGUCAACCAUUUUUUAUUGGACUUAUUAGUGAUAAAUAUGGUUGGGUUCCGAAAUUAAAUGAUUUACCAAAACAUAUAACUGAAACAUAUCGUUGGAUUGAUGGUGCAUCGAUAACAUUAAUGGAAUUUAUUCAUGGUGCAUUUCGUAGAAAUAAUCCAAAUGCGUUUUUUCUUAUACGAAAAUCGGAAGAUCUUUUGGCAAAUCUUCCUGAAAAAUAUAAUGAUAAAUUUCGUGAUAAAGAUGAAUUAAGUCAAAAACAAGUAAAAGAAUUAAAAUGUCAAUUAUCAGAAAUUAUGUCCCCUGAACAAAUAUUUUCUUAUGAUUGUUCUUAUAACGGCUUAGAUGCAUCGACCGGACGUGAAAGAGUUAAAAUUGAUGGUUUCCAAGAAUUUGAAGAACGAACAAAAAGUUUCUUAAGUGAAGCUAUUCGUAAAUGGUAUCCAGAAAAUUUUAAUGCAGAUAAUUCAAUUAACAUUGAAGAAAAAGAAAUGAAUACAUUUCUUCUCAAUAAAACACAAUAUUAUAUUGAUCGAUCCGAUGAAUAUUCAGCGCUUUUUAAAUAUAUAACAGGUGAUCAUAAGGAUUUCAUAUUAAUCAAUGAUAAAGCAAAUGGUCAACCUCUAAUGGCUUUAUCAAGUCAACCGGGUGAUGGAAAAACAAUGUUACUUGCAAAAUUUGUCUUAGAUAUGGAAGAAAAAAUGAAAGACAAAGCUAUUAUCUAUUAUUAUUUUGCUGAGGGAAUAUAUCAAUAUGGAAGUCAUUUCACAUUAACUAAUUUACAAUCAAAACUGUUAAAAUAUCUCAAUGAUAAUGAUAUAAAAUCCCCAAAAACGAAUGAGAAAUUUGACUAUAGUGAUGAUACAUCUCUUAAAGAUGUUAUUGCAGCUAUACCAAUACCAAUUAUUAUUAUUGUCGAUGGAUUGGAGAAAGGUGAUGUGCAUCAUACGCGAAAUUAUGAGGAUGAAUUUCCGUUCCUUUGGCUUUCUUCAUUGCUCAGUAAUCAUACAUAUAUUAUAGUUAGUACAGAAUUAAAUUCAAAUUUACAUCAAACAAUACGUAAUCAUUCGCAUUAUGCACUAGAACUUAACUUAUUAACAAGUGAACAACGUAGUUUAUAUAUUGAGAUGUUUUUUCAUAGUUUUAAUAAAAUUCUUGAGUCAGAACAAAAAUCACUACUUGUAGACAACAAGGGUGGUGAACAUUUUAUUUUUUUAUCUUAUGUUUGUGAAAAUCUUCGACAAUUUGGUGAUUAUUCUCUUGUUACCAAACGUCUCAAAACUUAUCCAUCGACCUUAGAUGAUUUACUUAACUUUCUAUUGAAUGAAGCUUAUGAAAUUAUUGACAAUCGACUACUUACUGAUGCGUUCUUUAAAUUAUUACUUAUAUCCGAUAUUGGUUUAAUAGAAUCAGAUAUGGUUAAUAUACUUCAACAUUAUUUGAAUAGAACUAUAGAUGUAAACCAAAUGAUAUGGGCAAUAUUACGAAGACAUGUAAAAAUAUUUCUCGAUACAACUUGGAUCACAGGAAGUCAAUAUAUUAUUUUUCGUGAUUCAUCCAUUGAAAAAUUAUUGCGACAACGUUGCUUGAAAGAUGAUGCAAAUGAAAUACGUACUCUUCAUGCAUUUAUGGCUGAAUUUUAUCGUAAAUAUUCGUCAACGAAAAAUUAUGCAACAUCUCGUGUAUUGUAUCAUUAUGAACAAGGACAUAUGUAUCAAGAACUUGUUUCAUAUUUACAUUCACCAGAAGGAUUUAUUGUUGCUCGACAUGAUCGAGAAAAUUAUUUACGUCGUCUUCGCUGUACAAACACACUUGGUUCUGUUGAUACUAUAGAUAAUCAACGUGCUUUUGCAUGUAAUGCAUGUGCUAAAAGAUUGAUAAUGUAUCCAUUUAUGAUACAAAAAAGUCCAUGUAUUAUUUGUUCGAAACAUAUUCCACCAGCAAGUUCAACUGAAAUACCUCUCGAGAAACGUGAAGCACGUGUUUGUCAAAAACAUGGUACAAAUGAUUAUUCACAAAAUUUUCAAUGUAUGCUUUGUAAAAAACUUCAACCAAUUUCAACAGGAGAAUCAGCAACACCAGCAAAAAAUUCAUUACCAUUAUAUAUUUGUGUUGAAUGUUGGUUGUCAGGUGGAGGAACAGAAUCACGUUGCUCUGGAUUUGCUUUAGACUAA